AUGUUUAGCAACCGAAAGAACUCCCAGAAGCCUGAUGACGAGCUCAUCAGCCGGUUCCAGCGUACCUUUGGAGAUGUUGUACCUCGAAGAGACCCCAACGAGCAAGGACCAGGUCCCCUCAACGAGGGAGCGGGUGAUCCAAUGAUGCCUGCAAGGUACGCACUUCUCGGUUAUUCCAGGGCCGCCGCUGACGAGCCGGCAUUCGGGGACAGAAUGAUGGAGACUGGUGAAAUGAAAUUUCCCGCCCAACAACAACGCACGCCGCGCAAUCUCAUGGACCUGAACCUCACGCCCUCGUUUAUGGAUCCCGAAUCGCUGAAUAUGAUGAAUUUCGCUGGCCAACACCCGGGCUUCUACACUCCGAACUCUGGUGGAAUGGGCGCAUUAUGGCACAGCCAGGCCGGCGACUUGCACACACCGACCCUGGGACUGAAUUCAAUGACGCCCCUGUCUCUGCCGGUUGCAAUCUCAGGCGUGCCGCCUAAUACUCAGAGCACUGUGGGACAAUACAACCCACAACUAUACGCCCAACAAAUGCCGGGCAUGAAUAUGUAUGCGCAGGCUCAGCAACAGCCGUCCUUUGCGCCCAGCGCAUUCAUGCACCGCGGUGACUCUGGUUAUGACCCGAUGGACGAAACUACCGAUACAAGUGAAAUGCAAAUGGAUACGGCAUCGAGUAUCACUGGCUCUACAGAUUUGUCAGGCCAGGUGGACAUGUCGUACGCGAAUCCGUCCGGUGAAAAAUUCCGCUAUAAUGUCUCCCUCCGUGCUCCGACGGCCAUGAUCAAGGACGCGAAGGAAAUUCCCAUCACCUAUCUCAAUAAAGGCCAAGCGUACAACCUUACAGUAAUGGACGCAAACCCGCCGCUGAUGAGCUCGCAACCCGUGCAAUAUCGAACCUACGUUCGCGUCUCCUUUGACGAAGAAGAGCAGCGCUCAAAACCAUCCACGUGCUGGCAGCUUUGGAAAGAGGGGCGGGGUUCCAGCGAGUCCCACCAGCGCGGUGGCAAAUUGCUGGCCGUUGAAUACGUUGACCCGCUUCAGGGCGGCGGCGAAGACCCUAAGCACCGUCAGAUCCAUGUUGAGCAUGCCUCUUUCGAUGGCUUCGUCAUCACAUGGACGGCCAAUCCGGCCACUGGUACCUCCGACUGCUCUAUUCCUGUGCGAUUCAACUUCCUCUCGACCGAUUUCAGCCACUCUAAAGGUGUGAAAGGCAUUCCGGUGCGGCUCUGCGCGAAAACGCAGAUUCUAUCACCGGGAGACGAAGGGACGGAACCGGAAGUGUGCUACUGCAAAGUGAAGCUGUUCCGCGAUCACGGCGCCGAGCGGAAAUUGUCAAACGAUGUCGCGCAUGUCAAGAAAACCAUCGAGAAGCUGAGGCAGCAGAUUGCGCAGGCUGAGAUGGGUGGCGGAUUUGGCAAGCGGAAGCGCGGUAGCAUCAACGCCGUCAAGGCAACGGAUCGUCAGAUGAAGGUCAAGCACAAGCGGACGUGGUCUAGUUCACAGGAUGGGCAACCCGAAAAAAUGUCCUUGGAGGACGAUCUGCACGCCAAGCUUGCCAUGAUGGAGGCCAUGUUUUCAUCGACUCGUUCUGUCAGCAGAUUGAGCCUGCGCGGUGAAGAUGGUGAUGAUCCCGAUAUGUACCCGGUCCGGUUACCACGGGAGUCGAACGGCGACACUGUCAAGGUGGAGUUCUUAGAUCGCCAGAAUACAGGUGGAUCGCAGCAGUCCAUGGAGUCCUUUAUUCUUUCUCCGAGCAACAGCAGCGGAUCCUUCAACUCGCCUCGCAUGGCUCUAGCUCAAUUGAAGAACCAUCCCGUCACCGUCCAGAGAACCGUAGCCGGCGAUCCGUCUAUGUCGGCAGGGUGCAUCGAGGCCAUUGAUAUCGACCCGACAUACCGACCACCAGCCGAACGGCCUCACAAGCCAAUUGCCUGCUUCUACGUGCGGUUUUCCGGCACCGAAACACACCCGCGGGACUACUACCGCGCCGUCUACCUAACCGAACGCACUGUCCGAGACUUGCUGCGCAAGAUCUCCGAGAAGCAACACAUCGAUCCCUCGCGCGUGGUCAACGUGUUGCACGUCAAUCGCAACGGUCUUAAAAUCAUGAUGGAUGACGACGUGGUCCGAGAACUCCCCGAGGGCCAAGACAUGGUCGCCGACAUCUGCGAAGCUCGCAGCCCAAAUGGCACCGAUGCUGACGCCGAUACCACGGGCGUCGAGAUCAAUUUGACGUACUGA